UCGUAGCUACGAAAUGUGGCUCGUGCGCUUGCCGGCGAAGAUGUGAUAGAAUUCUACGAGUAAACGACCGUCCGAACGAAUGUUGCGAUCGUACAAGUGAUCUACGAUGAAUCUAACUACGGGGAAUUCUUACGGGAAUGGUUUACUUUACGCUGGUUUCAAUCAGGAUCAAGGAUGUUUCGCUUGUGGCAUGGAGAACGGCUUCAGAGUAUAUAACUGUGACCCUCUGAAGGAAAAAGCACGUCAUUUUAGUGAUGGUGGCCUCGGUUAUGUAGAAAUGCUAUUUAGGUGUAACUAUUUAGCAUUAGUUGGCAGUGGAGUGAAACCCAUGUACCCAACGAAUAAGAUUAUGAUAUGGGACGACCUUAAAAAAUCGCCAGCAAUCACUUUAGAAUUCAACGCGCCUGUGAAAGGUGUAAAACUGAGGAGGGAUAGGAUAGUCGUAAUUUUAGAAGGAGUUAUAAAAGUCUACACGUUCACGCAGAAUCCGCAACAACUACACGUAUUUGAAACCAACCCGAAUCCCAGGGGCCUGUGCGUGUUAUGUCCAAGUAGUAGUAAUUCCUUGCUUGCCUUUCCUGGUAGGAAGAAUGGACACGUUCAAGUGAUAGAUUUAGCUAAUACAGAGAAGCAGCCACUGAAUAUCGAAGCACAUGAAACACCCUUGUCGUGUAUAGCUUUAAAUUUACAAGGCACCAGAUUAGCUACUGCUUCAGAAAAAGGAACACUGAUAAGAGUAUUCGAAACACAGACUGGUAAUAUGAUUAAUGAAUUGAGGAGAGGAGCUAAUCAUGCAAACAUUUACUGCAUUAAUUUUAAUCACGAUUCAACUUGGCUAUGCGUAGCCAGCGAUCAUGGUACUGUGCACGUUUUCGCCGUGGAAGAUCAAAAAUUAAAUCGCCAAUCUAGUUUAGCGUCCGCCACUUUCCUGCCAAAAUACUUUAGUUCGAACUGGAGCUUCUGUAAAUUCGAAGUUCCAGGAGGACCGCAGUGCAUAUGCGCGUUUGGAACUAACAAUAGUAUUAUAGUAAUAUGCGCAGACGGUAGUUAUUAUAAAUUUGUGUUCAAUAACAAAGGCGAAUGCACGAGAGACUUUUAUGCACAGUUCCUCGAAUUAACGGACGACAAAAUGUGAUCGGAAAGCGGAGGAGGUAAACUCCUUAAUCUCCUUCUGUGUCCCGAUGAAAUCUGUAUGUUCUGUGAAUUUUCGUUGUAAAUAUUGGUUGCUAAGCGGAUGAAUGAGAAUACAUACAUACAUAUUUUUUAACACGAUUAUUUUCAGUCUUUACUCGGUAUCAGUUCACACGAUAUAGUUUAUAUCGAAAGCGAGCACCGCGUUUGUUAAUUAAAUCGAGAUACCGUUUUAUAUGUGGUAGAGGACCAAACGAAAAGUACUAUUAUUUGUUGGUGUUAUAUGCACUGCGCGCGAAGUAUCGAUGAUUGAGAAAAAAAUUUUAAAAGUACGAUAGAAUGUAUUGUUAUCGGAUUGUUACGUGGGCCUAUCUCGAAUAGAUGUUUAUUAAUAAGUUCUUAAAUGUUACGGGCGAAGAAUCGAGCUCGCUGUCAUUUUAUAUUCGCGUAUAAAUCAAUUUUGUUACAUCCGAAUUAAAUCAUUUUUGGUAACGAUAUUUGCCGAUCCGAUCAUGUACUUUUUUAUAUUUAUUUUAUAAAAUAUUCUGUUUAAUAUAAAUAAAUUAUGUCCCGAACAUUUCCCUCAUUUCGUACCGUGAGUGCUGACGUGAAACUGGGAUAGAGACAAAUAAAUAAAUGGGACGUAUAUAACGUAACCGAGUUUUGUAAUCUUUAUUUUUAUGGUUUCGUACAUUUAACAUACAUAUACACAAGAAAUAUAUAACUACGUUCAAUCGUUAUUAUUGAGAUAUUACCAGAAAAUAUCAAGGUCGUAGUGUUAAAAAGUGGUUGGGAUUGGAUAUGAAAUAAAAAUGAUUACGAGACGAAGCUAUAUGUACUUGUUUAUAAUAAAAUAUCGAUGAUGAAUCA